UCUAGGUGGCACGAUAGCAUUGUUCCACAGCCAAUCCAUGCAAUCACAGAAUCAACCAAUCACCACAUCAUCAAAUUCCCACCACUAUGUUUGCCCUUUUCUUAAACUAAGAUACUCUGUCUCAAAUUUGGCCCAAUCACACACACACACACACACACACACUAAGAAAGAGAAAUGGCAGCAACAACAAUGGCUACCGCUUCAACUGUGGUCGGAUUGGGCACUUCCACUUUGUCUUCUCCAAAGAAGAUAAACCUCUCUUCCGGAUUCCUAAAGUCCCCCAUGGCUGCAAGGAACCCUCUAAGGCUUGCACAAGCCUCAGGAGGAAAAUUCACAUGCUUUGAAAGAGAUUGGCUGCGAAGAGACCUAAAUGUGAUCGGUUUCGGUUUGAUCGGUUGGAUUGCGCCGUCGAGCAUUCCGGCCAUCAACGGCAACAGUUUGACCGGACUUUUCUUCUCAAGCAUCGGCACCGAGCUCGCCCACUUUCCGACGGGGCCGGCCCUCACUUCCCCCUUUUGGUUGUGGCUGGUGCUGUGGCAUUUGGGACUCUUCUUGUCCCUCACCUUUGGUCAAAUUGGGUUCAAAGGAAGGACUGAGAAUUACUUUUGAGAUGGAUGUUUUCUGUGAUAUAUAUUUUAUGUUGGAUUAAGUGUAUGAUAUUAUUACAAUUGCCCUGGUUUCUCCUUCUAGUAAAUUAGUAUUGUGUUUUGUAA